AUGGAAGAGAUCUGGGAGAGAGACCUCACGCCCGAGCGAAUAGCCUAUUUGGCGGAGUCUCGGAUUCCCGAGAUCAUCGCCUGUAAUACGAUACUGAUCGUAUUUGCGACCGGUGGGCUGCUGGUGCGUCUUUUCGUCCGGAUGCGAUAUCUCACGGGUAUCAAUAUCGAUGAUCUACUAUGUUUGACCAGCUGGAUCUUCACAUUCGUUCUUUGUUUUACCUGCAUGUUGAUGACCAAAUAUGGCUUCGGUAGACAUAUUGGAGUGAUCGAUAUGCCCGAUCGAGCGAUGUUCUUAAAGCUGAACUGGGUUACCAUGCUCGCCUAUGUCAUUGCUCUCGGUGCCAUCAAGACCUCCUUCUGUGUCCUCUAUCUCAGUAUCUUUCCCGGGAAGAAAUUUCGGAUUGGCUGUUGGUGUGUGCUGGCUAUCAUUGUCGCCGAGACGGUUUCGGAAAUUCUCGUUGUGAUAUUCCAGUGCUGGCCGGUCCACAAAGCAUGGGAUGCCACGGGGCUUGUGGAGGGACAUUGCGUGAAUAUGACGGCCUUUUACUACGCCAAUUUCGGAAUAAAAUUGGCUAGCGAUCUGGCUCUUUUUCUGAUGCCGAUGCCGAAGCUCAUCAGGCUGAAAAUGACAGUGGGAAAGCGAGUCGGCUUGGUUAUGAUGUUUAGUCUGGGUCUUCUUGUCUGUGUGACGAGUAUUAUUCGAGUUUCUUACAUGAACCCGUUCUCCGUGGACCAUACUUGGUCAUUGGUCAACACGAUGAACUGGUCUUGUGUCGAAGUCGGGGUCGCCGUGUUCAUCGCUUGCAUUCCUUCAUUCAAGUCACUCAUCACCGCUCGCUUCCCAGGACUGCAACGUCUGCUCGGCUUCUCCACCCCAGGCGAGUCCAAUGGCCCGUCGAAGAUGUACGGUACUGCAACCCGUCGGACAAACAAUGGAUUGUCUAUUGGAGGACACAACAGCAUCAGACUGAAACCAGUCACAGGACUCAGCAGCGCAGAAGUCGAAACGACAAACGAUUCGCAGGAACGCAUCGUGUGUCCAGGCAUCCAAGUCACUACAUAUGUUUCCGUGAAUGAGACCGUCUGA